CAUGUGUUUCACAUUUCUGUCUCAAUUCAAUGGAGAAUCGUAUAAAUAUUUUGUGAUCAAAAACAACCUCCAGUUUCGCGAUUAUCUAAUCGACAUGUUUUACGCCAAACUAAUGCCCAGAUAUAACAUCCGGGUCAGAGUGGCUGUACAUCACAGGAAUCAGCCAAUCACAGACGUCAAGAAGUAUCAGUUUGUUCAGUACCCAAUUUCUCCGAAGAUAAUCACUGAGUGCCGUAUGCGUUUUGAAUGUUUCCAGAUCGAUUAUAGUUUACAGCUAAAUCGGGUAUAUGCUAUCCCAAACGCAUCUUAUAUCAUGCUAUUUGUGCCCAACUAUCCGGACGUACUGUAUAUACACUCGCCUAAGAUAUUGUUUGAAGACGUAGCGUUUGCUGUAAUCAUGGUAUUUGAUGUGAUAUAUUGUCUGCCCGAGUCAUCGGACACAGCGAAGCGUUACCACAUUGUGGAAGAUUAUAAACGCGAUGCCGUGUCCUCUAUGAGUGACAUUGAAAAACGUAAUGGUUUCCAGCACUGGGAUGAUGCACAUUAUGCAAAACGAGAGGGCGGCGAGGUGGAUAGAAGGGAUACAGAUCCUAGAUGCAUU